ACACCCUACUUUUGGUGACAUAAUUUUUUUAAAAAUAUUUUUACAUUGUUUCAAAACUUUUUUUAUAAAUUAAUUUUAAAUAUUAAUAAUGGAAAAUGAUUAUUUUGAAAAAGAAAUUCUUCCCAAACAAAUGCGAUAAGAAAAAUAAUUUUGGGAGGGACCGUGAAUUGAAAACGUUGCAGAGUGAAGCACGCAAGAAGUUCAAGCCCUUUGUGCUUGGAAAUGAAGAGCAAAUGAGCAGUGCUGAAGCUUCAUGCCUUUCGCUCUUGACCAACUGCAAGACUCUGAAAUGCGUCAAACAAUUCCACGCUUACCUUUGCAAGAUCGGUCUCGAAUCCGACCAAUUCAUCUCCGCGAAGCUCCUCAUUCAGUGCGCUGUAAAUAUAGCGGACGCACUCGCCUACGCUCGCCGCCUCUUCCACGGCCUCCCGGCCCCAGACGCCUUCAUGUACAACACACUCAUACGCGGAUUUGCCGAGUCGGACUCACCUCAGGAUUCCCUCAAGACUUUUGUAAGCAUGCUUCGGAGCUCGCAGUCCCCUCCGGAUAGCUUCUCUUUCGCUUUCACGCUCAAGGCUGCAGCGAAUAUGAGGUGUUUUAAGAGUGGGUCUCAGAUGCAUUGUCAAUCCUUCUCUCGUGGCCUCAGUUCCCAUCUCUUUGUAGGGACUACCACGAUCAGCAUGUAUGCCGAGUGUGGGCACAUUGGAUUUGCAAGGAAUGUGUUUGACGAAAUGUCUGAACCAAAUGUUGUUGCCUGGAAUGCCAUGCUUACUGCUUAUUUUCGGGUUGGAGAUUUGAGGAGUGUUGAUGGAAUGUUCUGUUUGAUGCCUUCAAGGGACUUGACUUCUUGGAAUUUGAUGCUUGCUGGGUAUUCCAGAGCAGGAGAAAUGGAUUAUGCCCAGAAGAUCUUCGACCAAAUGCCAACAAGGGACAUUGUUUCUUGGAGCACUAUGAUCCAUGGGUUUGCGUGUAAUGGGUAUUUUGAUGAGGCAUUAUGGUGUUUUAGGGAGUUGAGGAGGGAAGGAACUGCUCCCAAUGAGGUGAGCCUGACAGGGGUUCUGUCUGCAUGUGCUCAAUCUGGGGAGUUCGAAUCUGCAAAAUCCCUCCAUGGAUUUGUAGAGAAAGUUGGGAUGGCGUGGAUUAUCUCGGUGAAUAAUGCACUUUUGGAUUGUUAUGCGAGGUCUGGGAACCUGGGUAUUGCUCGCUUAGUCUUUGAAAGGAUUCCAGGGAAGAAGAGUAUCAUUUCUUGGACUUGUAUGAUUACUGGGCUAGUAAUGCAAGGCUAUGGUGACGAGGCAAUGCAACUUUUUCGCGAUAUGGAAUCUUCUGGAAAUAGUCCGAAUCGGGCAGGAUUUACUUCAAUUCUUUGUGCAUGUAGCCAUUCUGGUUUACUCAAAGAAGGACAACAUAUUUACGAUACAAUGGCAAGAGUAUAUGGCAUCGAGCCCGAUAUCGAGCAUUAUGGUUGUAUGGUUGAUCUUUACAGUAGGGCGGGACAACUGAAAAUGGCAUAUGAUUUUGUCAUACAAAUGCCUAUCCCCCCAAACGCAAUCAUUUGGCGGACUCUUUUGGGUGCUUGCAGCUCCUAUGGUGAAGUUCAAUUAGCUGAGCUUGUGAAUGAAAGGCUCUUGGAGAUGGAUCCCAACAACUCUAGUGAUCAUGUUUUAUUAUCAAAUGUUUAUGCAGCUGCUGGGGAAUGGCAGGGUGCUGCAACAGUAAGGAGAUCAAUGAGCAACCAAAAAAUGAUGAAAACCCCGGGUCUAAGCAUAGUUUGAACAUACAUUUUGUACUUAAGGUUAUAAGAGACACGUGAUGCUUCUGUGUGGAGGACACGAACAGAAAGUUUUUCCUUUCCUCACUAAGGGCCUGUUUGGGAAAGGCAUUUUGGGUUGGGAACGCUAAACCUUGUUAACUGGGCGUUUGCUUUGCAUUAAAAGGGGAGCUGCGUUUUUUAUUAUCUCCUUCGCCUAUUUUUUCGCGCAGCUUAACGCAAGACGCUCCCUAGGACCAGCAUUCUAAGAAGAAAGUUGGCAUUUUGUAGAAAUUUUCGAAGGUGAUACAUCAAAGAAAUAAGCUGAUACAUCAAAGAGGUUGAUGGUGUCUAGAAGGCUAGAAAUAAGCUGAUACAUCAAAGAGCAUAUCUCCGUCUCUCACUACUUCUCACGAAUGAUGAAUGCCAUUGGCCAUUCUCUCCGCCUACCGCCCCACGAUGUGAGCUUCUUCACUGCUGAGCUCUCCCAUCCUUUUUCUCCUUCACUUUGGUAUUCGGAUACGACUUUCUUCCUUCACUCUGCAGGUGCAAACCCAUCACUUUGACAAUGUGGCACAAAUUCACAAGCGUUCAGGGCAGCAAAAUUGAAAAGGCACUCGAAUCAGAUAACAAUCCAACAAUACUCGCAAUGAGGACUGUCAUUGACAUCACGACACGAUUCAUCAAUCAAAGUGGACGCAAUCAUAUCCCUUUCAUCAUAUUUAGAAGAAUGGGAAUGUUCAAAUACUGUCGCAAUAGAGCAUGCCCUGGAAACAAAACAAUUUCAAGAUCCUUUAUCUCUUUUUGUAAGUCCAGAAGACAUUCAAGCAUCUCGGAACUCACAGAGACAGAAAUCAGGAACACAUGUACUGGGUUGAAGGUGAAAUACAAGUCCUAGAAAAUGCAUCGAUUACAUUGUAAAUAGGAUGCAGCAGCUGCAAUCGGAAAGUGCACUUCAGAGAAGGCAUUAGCUUUGAAUGCAUGCAAUGUGGGGACAAAGAAGCAAGAAAUACAAAGAGGUGACUUACAUACUUUUCGUGUUCUUUGUUGAUCUCUUCAAGUUACUAUUCAACUCGCUUGCUAGCUACCAUUAGUUUUCUUUCAGUCAGUAGAUCAAAGGUGAAAAGAAUACGUUCAAGAAUGCUGGUGUUAUCAUCCGACUUUAGAUGUGUUUGCCAAUUUUAUUGCCCUUUCAUCAAAUGCAACCCUGUAAUUACUCAUUGGUUCAUUUAUAAGUCGUUAAAGAUUCAAAGGAAACCGGAUCUCCAUCUACUCCACCAACAAUUGAGAGUAAUCGGCGUGAACAAAUAAACUUUUGUCUUCAGG